CAAACCGGCACAAAAUAAAAUUCUCAAAGAGGCUCUCUCUCUCUCUAUAUCUCUUUCUCUCCCAAAAAAACCCUCUCAAUUAAUUUAGCUCUCAAUAGCAAUAAUCAUGGGAGCGUGCGCCACCAAGCCAAAGGUCGCCAAAGACGACCAGCUCCUCCCGGCGCCGGCGCCUGAAGAAGCCACCAAACCGGCGGCGGAUCCUUGCCCGGUGGAGGAGCCCAAGAAGGCAGAGGAUCAGCCAGCUGCCGUCGCUGUGGAGGAAAAGGAAGUUGUGGUCGUCGCAGAGAAGAAAGAAGUCGAGGAGAUAAAAACAGAGGAGGAGGUCAAAACAGAGGAGGCGGCGGCGGCGGGGAAAACAGAGGAGGCGGCAAAACCAGAGGAUGGGGAAGAUAUUACUGUGGACGAUGAGAGCGCCAGACGGAGAUCUCUUAGUAACCUUUUCAAGGAGAGCACAGAAGGAAAAGAGACCUCUGUAGAAGAAAGCAUUGAAAAGCCACCAGUAUCAGCAGAAGCAGAACCAAAAGCAGAGGAGGUAGCAGUACUUGAAAAAGUGACACAACCACCUCCACCAGCAACAGCAGAGGCAGCAGCAGCUGAAGAUUGCAAAGAGCCAGAGCCAGAGACCAAGACAGAGGCAGCUCCAGAAGUAAAAGCUGAUGAAGAAGUAAAAGAAGAAGUAAAAGAAGUAGAAGAAGAGAAGAAAUCAGUGGUUGAGACGACACCAAAACCAGAGCCAUCUACUGCUGCUGCAGUUGAAGAGCCGUCGCCGCAAGCUUGUGCUGAAGAAGAGAAGCCACAGCCGAAAGCAGAGGAAGAGAAGCCGCAGCCGAAAGCAGAGGAAGAGAAGGCAGCUGUUGCUGUUGUUGCUGAGAAGGUAGAAGAAGUUCCUGUUGUGGAAGCCAAGGAGGCACAGGAGGAUGCACAGCCUGUGGAAGUAGUUAAGGAAGCUGUUGUAAAUUAGAUGAUUACAUAAGGUGGUUUGAUAUCUUGGAAC